AGCAUUAUAGUUCUUUGCUCUCUCUCGGUUACGUUUUGCUGAGAAGUGCUUUCGGGCCGAGAGGCACACACGCACGUUUGAGGCCAGCAAAGUGUGCUUGUGUUAACGUUAGCGCUAGCUGUUGUCAUGACUCUCCAGCGGGCUGCAAUAUUUUGACAUGCCGCUGACACAAACAGUCAGCCCACAGGCGUAACGUUACUGUCACGUAGAGGGGCAAUUCCGCUGUCGCUAUUACACCCACGGUGUUUUUGGUUUUAUACGGAGGAAAACUUUUUCGGCGCGGGGGGAAAUUGUUAAAAAGCCGCCUUCAACUCCACUGGCUCGGACAAUUCGGCGACCUGGCUCCUACAUUUCGGGCCCCCUCCGCUACUGCUCGAAGUGAAGGUUGAUAUGCCACAUCAGCGGCUUGAAACCAGGAGAGAGUGGUUAUGUUUUCCGAGGAUGUAUGCUCUUUACUCAGAGAGGGAGAACCAAGCAACAAACAACAGCCACAGCAAGCCUAAACAGAGUGAUGGAGCCCAUGACGGUGACGACGUCGGUGGUCGGACCGGAGGAGUUUGACCGCAAUGCCCCACGGAUUUGUGGCGUGUGCGGCGACAAGGCCACUGGCUUCCAUUUCAAUGCCAUGACGUGCGAAGGCUGCAAGGGUUUCUUCAGGCGCAGUAUGAAGCGUAAAGCUUCUUUCACCUGUCCCUUCAACGGGAGCUGCACCAUCACCAAGGACAACCGGCGCCACUGCCAGGCCUGUCGUCUGAAGCGCUGCAUCGACAUCGGCAUGAUGAAAGAGUUCAUCCUGACAGACGAGGAAGUCCAGAGGAAGAAGGACAUGAUAAUAAAAAGGAAAGAGGAGGAGGCAGCCCGGGAGGCAAUGAGGCCACGUCUGAAUGAGGAGCAGGCCCGAAUCAUCUCCUCCUUGGUGGAAGCUCACCACAAGACCUACGAUGCCUCCUAUUCGGACUUCUCCCGCUUCAGGCCUCCAGUGCGUGAAGGCCCAGUUACACGCAGUGCCAGCAGAGCCGCCUCCCUUCACUCUCUGUCCGAUGCCUCCUCUGACUCAUUCAACCACUCACCAGAGUCAGUGGACACCAAGAUGAACUUCAACAGUCUGUUAAUGAUGUACCAGGAUGGCGCAAGCAGUCCAGACUCUAAUGAGGAGGACACAAAGCUCUCUAUGCUGCCCCAUUUGGCCGACCUGGUCUCCUACAGCAUCCAGAAGGUCAUAGGCUUUGCCAAGAUGAUCCCAGGCUUCAGAGAGCUGACAGCAGAAGACCAGAUCGCUCUCUUGAAGUCGAGUGCCAUUGAGAUCAUCAUGCUGCGUUCAAACCAGUCGUUCAAUCUGGAGGACAUGUCCUGGAGUUGCGGAGGGCCGGACUUCAAAUACUGCAUCACUGAUGUUACAAAGGCGGGUCACACUUUGGAGCUGCUGGAGCCACUGGUGAAGUUCCAGGUCGGGCUGAAGAAACUCAACCUGCACGAGGAGGAACACGUGCUGCUCAUGGCCAUCUGCCUGCUCUCCCCAGAUCGUCCAGGUGUCCAAGACCAUGGGCGCAUUGAGAAGCUCCAGGACCAUCUGUCGGAGACUCUCCAGGCCUACAUCCGUGUCAACCACCCAGGUGGACGCCUCCUCUACGCCAAGAUGAUCCAGAAGCUGGCUGACCUGCGCAGCCUGAACGAGGAGCACUCCAAGCAGUACCGCUCACUCUCCUUCCAGCCCGAGCACAGCAUGCAGCUCACCCCGCUGGUGCUGGAGGUGUUUGGCAGCGAGGUGUCGUAGCAAAGGAGGAGGACAUGCUCGCACCCAUGUGCACACUCAUUACCACCCUUACCGCCUUUUCCAGCAGAAAACCCAGCCCUGAUAUAUCUGGACAUAUGGGAGAAAGAUGGAUAAUCAGAUAGGUAGACAGUAACCUUCAGCUCAUUGUUAUCUUGCCAUCCUCCUCCUCCUCCUCCUCCUCCUCCUCCGGACCUCAAGCAGCAAGACUCUGAUGCCUGGACCUCUGGAUUUAUGGAUUUAAGUCAGCUGAAUAUGCUGUGGAUUUUCUACAGCGCAUGGAUAACCAGAUUCUAUUUAAACCUCUGGAUCUCAGUACCACAUCUAGAACGGAUGGACAUCUCUGGUCCAUCCACAUCCACCAACUCCAAAAAUCACCUUUCCUCAUCACAACCUUUCCCCAGACAUCACUGCUAGAUUCCUGCCAAUUUUUAUUUCAGUGGAGACAGCUUGACGGAUGUGACUUUCACAUCCCUUCUUACCACCACCAUCAUAACAUUGUUCCAUGUUCACACCAUGGCGAUGACAAACAGGAAUACAUACACAGAGCUACAUCUUAUUAACCGUGCCAGCACUUGUGAAGUACAGAUUAAUUGCUUGCAAUGUUACUACACUCGUGUUAGAUAGCUAUGAACUAUUUGACAGCAAAGAUAUCCAAAUAUAUUAAACAUCAACAUGGCCAGCCAUGGGCAAGCUUCAUGUAAAGUAAAGGAAAUACUUGGUUUACUAGUUGAAAAAUACUUUGCUAAUACUUUGCUAUGGAGUCUAGCAGGUGUGUUUCUCCUGCUUAGCCCUGUGUAUCUGUGUAUGUGCAACGAGAGGUCUCAGAUGGUCAGCUCAAGUGAAGAACGGAAGUUAAAGUAGGAACGUUUCAAUGCUGGGAAAGAAAGGGGGUAUUUGGAGGAAUGGAUAAAGGAGGUUGGAUAGAUGGAGGGAGAUGGUUGGAAUUCCCUGUUCGCAAGACAAAAGGGAAUUUCACAAAACAAGAAUGUAUGUAUAAUGCUAUAUAAAUAUAAAUGAUACGUAUAAGCUGAUAGAUAUAUAUAUAAAUAUAAAUAUAUAUAUUUAAGAGAGUGAAACAUGGUUGCUUCCAGGGAAGCAAAUAGUUCUGAGUGUUGUAUAAUGUAGAGGAUUUGAAGGCGCCUCCUCAGUUGUGUGUGUGUGUGUGUGUGUGUAUGUGUCAUCUUUUCAAAGACUUAUGUACACACACAUAGGAAAGCGCUGACAAGUGUGCGAGGAGUCCUUCUAUUUUUGUGAUGUGUGUACAGUACAUGAGAAUAUUGAUGGACCACAAGGGGGUGUGUGCGCAGGCUCUGACUGAGGGUUUAGUGCAGGGAAGCACUUCUCUGUUGGAUUUUGUCGUUUUUUGGACCUGUGAAGUUUGUAGACAGACAUACGCAAACACAACGUCACAUUUUCGUGGAUAGUGAUUAUCCCAAACUAUUUGUUCGGCUGGUUAGAUUGCUGCUAAGACAGUUAGAGCUGGAUAGUUGGACAGAAACCAACUACUGGCUGUUGCCUCAGGGAAAAGUUUGUCUGAUGAUAUUGUAUACUCGGUGUUUAUGGUGUGUGUGGCGUAAGCUUACAAUCAUAAGACAGAGAUUGUUUAUGAAGCUCUAGGCAUCACUGUGAUUUCUAAUCAUACUAAGUAACAGUAUAAGUAAGCUAAAAGUGAAACUUUUUCAAAUACUACAAGACUUUCAUUCCUAAGCUUAUCUUCUCAAUUCAAAACUCCUCUUUUAAGAUGGUUUGCAUGAUUGUACCAUGAUUGUACGAUCCAUUAGAGAUCAUUGUUAGAGUGGACAUACCCAUUAAAUGGUUACAUUUUAAAGCAAAGUCAUCUGUGUUAAAACAUAGAGUGAUUGACAUCAGCCUUAAGUUUAGCUUGGUUUGAUUUAUUUCAGGGCAAAGUGAAUAUUCUACAGAUGGUAGCAAUGUACAGUAAUCUAACGAUAUAUAGCCUGUAGUGUAUCUGGAGCUUUCAGAUGCUCCUAACAGCAGGAAAAAAAAAAGUUUUUAUAUAAACUACAAAAUCAAGCCUCAUACCUUUUUGUCACAUUUAUAUCAUUUCAACACCAGCCACAUAAGCGAGGUUUAGGAUGUUACUUUUCAACGUCACUACAUAUCAUAAUAAUGUUUUCUGUCGACACAGUGCAUGCUCACCCCUCACGCAGGCCUGGAUCACCCCCUUGUGGACAAACUUUGUAAAUACCACUUGCUAAGUCUGUACAUAGUUAGACAUAAAUGUAGGCAAAAUACUAAGAGAAUUCAAUUGUUGAUGGCAAGAUGCUCUGCAGAUACAGCACUAUAUGCAAGUAGGAGAUGACUCUUAUGUUGUAUUCAACUAGAAUGGACAGAGGAGGCAGUCCCGGUCAGGUUACUGAGUCGGCACAGGCUGCAGCGAGGAAGGCUGUCGGAUUUGACUUUGAUCAGCGAGGGUUUUUGAAAGCUGAUAUCACUGACUUAAAUCUCAGGCCAAGAUUGAGCUAAAUUUGAUUCAUUUCCUUAUCAAUAAAUUACAUUCAAAGGGCCAGCCCUGUGUGGGACGAUGCUCUUACUCAUGCGGUCAGACUCGCAAAUCUGAUGUGUAAUAAUUGCAAAGGCUUUAUGUGACUGAACAUUCCCUGUGGUGGUUGUGUUGAGCAUUCCAACCGGCUGAGUCUGGAACACCCUCAAACAUCAGUACGAGCAUCUUCAGCUCUCCGUCAGCCUUUUAAAGGCGGCCGACGAGUCAGUAUCAGCAGGAAGUGUCCUCUCUGUCCAUUCCAAGCUUAUGGAUGUACAUCUUUUCUCUCUCUUUCUAAAGUCUAUCAAUGAGCUUCUGACAAUUAUACAGUAUACCCAUAAUAUUUUCAUUUCGGGAAAGAUCUUUCUUUUGUUUUUUUUUGCUCUUUUGUUCUUUUUCUUCAAGAUUGUCAAUUUUUAAUGCGUGUCAGAGUUUGCUGUCUAGCUAGCGCUUGGCUUGCUCCGCUGGGACGUCGUUUUAGAGAAGCAGAGAUGAGCGUGGUGGACUCCUGGAGCCUGUUUCCCUGUUUCCUGAGUGCAGAUGAGCAAGCUCCCCUUCUGUUACCUUGAUUUCAAGGGAGUGGAUACGGAACAGCCCCUUUCAGCCAAUGAUGCGGCGUCACUCUCUUGUCAGGACAGGGAAGGUGCACUGGCACUCAUUCUCCCUCGUUGUUUUUCCUAAUGGAAUACAAAAAGACUUGUCAGAGCAGCCGUGUUACACCUGGAGCUGUAACCUGAGGGGAAGGAACACAGUGGAGCCAAAUCUUUUUCAUCGUCAACGGAAAGGCAGUCCCCAGCUCUUUUUAAAAAAUAAAACAAAACAAAACAACGAAAACAAACACAGAAAAAAACAUCUAAAUCUGUUUUUUUUUUCAGAAGCACGAUGUCAAACACAAUUAAGUAAGUGAUCAUGAACUAACACUGCCUCAACUGACUGACACAGGAUUUAGCCAAUGGAAAACAGUUGCCGCAACAGCAUGGGCGUGCCUCUUCGUUCAUCACUCAACCAUCUAACCGCCUCUACUUCUGCAAUAGCCAGUUACAGCAGGAUUACUCUUCAUAGCUUUAACUCAGCGGCCAGUCACGCUCUGCUUUUUGGACAAAAACUGUGGCGCACCAAGGGCUGAUGGGAGUCUGAGGGUUUAGUCGAACAGCUUCUGUGGGAUCGUCACACUACCGUGAAAAAGACGGUGCAGACACGGCUCCUUGUUUUUGUCCUGCUCGACCCAGAAAAUACUCGUCCCAGACCUGCAGAAGACUGUGUAGAAUCUGUGUAGAGAUGAAAACGUAUUUUUUAAAUGAGAAUGGCCGCAGGCAGAUGUAUUGAUGUGCUGUACAGGCGGAGUGUGCCGUGACUGACAGGCGAGAUGUCGCCUCCUAAAUCCAAAGUGUGACAUUUUACCUUUCUCACUACUCUUUGUGUCGCAUCGCAGCUCUUGAAAUUCAAGUUUUUAAAAAGAUCAUCUGUUGGUGAAUAGUGAAAAUGAGAGUUAGACAUUUUACAUCAACAUUUACAUCAACCAUUUCAAAAGGAAUGCAGGACGGGGUGAUGGCCAGAGUCUGCUCAGCUUUACGGGUUCUCGUGUUGGUUGUCAAACUUUUAAACUUUUUUUAAAACUCCAUCUUUAAUGGUUACGUUUUGGGUCUUUCAUGAACAACAAUGGACAGAUCUGGCUCAAAAUGUGUACGGUAAUUGUUAACACGAGCAUUGUACCUAAUAGCGAGAGGCUAUUCGGCUCAAAUGAACCCAAACAAAGCAGCAGGCUCUGCCCUCUCAAGCCCCCGUCCCCUGAACCCAGGUCAGCAGCUCCACCUCAGUAGCCUUACUUACAGAAACCUCACUCAGCUGGAAACGUUUAACAGAUACCUCAAUAAUUUACAGGAUGACUUUUCACAAUAGCCUUUAAGGGAACCAAACAUAAACUCACACACUCACACAGACAAAAACAACAACUACUCUCCUCAGCAACCUCUGCAGUGUUUUUACGUUUUCAGACAUACAAUCAACUAGUUGCCAGUUGUGUAAAGAAGAAGGUUGUCCAGUAGAGUCCUCUUGCCAGUAGACCAGUCAGUAUAUGAAUGGAUCCCAAUGUUUCUAAAUGUUAACCAUCAACUCUCUCCGUUCUUCUGCUUUACUCACUCGAUCCUCAUCUCUGCCUCAUUCUGUGUUUUGUUUUUGUUUUUCUUGUCCUUGUUGUCUCUACAAACAGAUGACGUGCCGCUAAGCUUUGGCGCUGCGUUUAACCAAACAUACUACCUCUCCCUUCCGCACAUAUAUAGAAAUAUAUAUAUUUUUGUUGCAGCAUAAUUAUGUUUAUGAUACAGCAUCCAUUCUUAUUUUAACACUAAUUUAGAAGGUUUUUUUUAUGUAUAUGUACAAUAUAUUCGUUUUUAUCUCGUUUCUCUUUUCAAAUGCUGGAUGAUUUUCUCUUUUUUUUUUUUUUUUACCUCAAAUCUCAAUACAAGCCUACAAUCUUAAGUUAGUAAAUCAGAGGCCUCUUCAGAAUCACGUCAUCACUGAAGUGUGUAAAUGCAUGUUAAAAACUUUGCAUGGAAGUAAGGUUACAUUCACAUAGCAGCUGAAAGGGCACAGUUUCUUUUAACUCUUUCAUAAAUGACAGAUCUGAUAUUUCCUAAUCAAUUUCAACAAGAAGAACAGCAUCAAAUUUGUUAUUUUUUUUAUCUGGACAGCUCGGAUCUGUGAGGCAAAGGCACAAGUUUAUUGCACACAUCAGAAAGAAAGCCAGAUCGAUGAUAUGAUUGGUGUUUGGUAUCAUUUUGAUACAGUUAAAACUGGAAGGUGCAUCCUGUAACUGAAAAUCAGCUAUGAACCGAUUUCUUUGUCUAUACAGUAAUCUAUACAAAACCAAGUUUAUUAGUCUGGUUUAUAAACAGAUAGUGAGUCAGACAAGUGAUAAAGAUGCGUAGCUUACAGCUAACUCUGCUGUACAGCUAAGAGGCAGUGUGAACUAAUGAAUAAAUAAAAGCAGACUGUCUGCUAAGUGUGAGGCUUUAACAGUAAGAUGCUUAUGUUAGCUUAGCUUAGCCCAAAGAGCGAACACAGCGAUAACAGCUAGCUUGGCUGAGCUUUAUAGGUACUUGUCGACAGGUGUUUUUACCCUCUGACAGAGCUGGUUUCCAUCGAUUCAAUUCUUUAUGCUAAGCUAAGCAAACUGCCCCCCGUCUGUGGCUUCAUACUUGACAUACAGACAUGGGAGUGGUAGUAUUUUUUUCUUUUUCAGCUAAUUCUCCACAAGAAAUGAAUGAACAACAAAAUAUUAGAAAGUAGGUUAAGUCAAUAAAAGACAAAGCUAAAUGACAAAGCAGUCGAAACACACACAUUUAAGCAAAACAGACCGUUGGCUUGAGACUGACUUAGAGAAUCCUAGAAUAGAAUAGUUUCCACAAACUUCAGAGACCAUCUGCAAAUUGAAACUGAGCUCCAAAGCCUGCUAUGUGAAUGUAGCAUGAGACCAUGGAGGCUCAGCCGUGCGCAACUUCAGAGGCAAACAGUUAACCGAGAGGAUCUGGGCUCUGCCAACGGGAGGCAGCCGCUCCUCCUUCAAGAUACUUUGAUGCUACUAAACUAACAGGUGUUGUCGUUCAACGCCACCUGAUUGCUCCAGAAGUCUUGCGUUGUUGUGUUCGUCUGAUGGGAGUCUACACAGCCGCCAGUUGUUAACAAUUAAAAAAGUUCAGAGAUUGAUGUGGUGUGGCGCAGCCCAAAACAUCUGGAUCGGGCCCUCGGCUUCACACAUCUGUUCAGACACAGAUGGAGGUCUCUGAGUUGGUUCACACUGACUCAGAAAAGGGGAGUGGUAGUUAGACUUUGAUAACCGCUCUGUCAUAACACCCUUCGUGUAAAAAGUAGUGGCCUGAACUUAACACCCAACACCUCGGUGUCCCCCUCCGUCUGCUUCGCUUUGGUAUUUAAGGUUUUUCCUUUUGUUUGUCCGUAGCUGUAGCUGUCCUCCAAAAAAGGGUUUGUAACAUUGGGAUCCCAUUUUAGAUAUCCUAGAUACAAAUGGCGCGUGUCGUUUUUCUUCCGUGUUUUUUUUUUUUUUUGUCUACUGAGCAGCUAGCCAAGUCUCACACACCCUGCUCAACCCCAACCUCAGCACUCUGCCUUCUUCUAACUCACACUACCAACUUUAUGUUGCUGCUUUUCACUCAAACUUUCAGAAAACCAGGCCUUCAGAUAUGCUGUGAAUGACACACCAAGCCUUUAGUGAUCACUCUUGUAUUAUUAUAUCAACUAAUGAAUCACGUCUCAGCUCACAGCAUGCAGAAGUUAACAAUACAUUUACUGCUACCAGCUGCUGUUAGUGGAAAAAUCUGAAAUGGAAACUCACAGAUUGACUGAUUUUAUUUCAUAGAACUGUUUUAAGCAUGUUAUCUGUUUCAUGGCCUUUUUCUAAAAAAAAAAGAGAGAGAAAAAAAAAAAGAAGAUUAAGUUUCACAUGGAUUGAGUGGCGCCCGAUUCAUCUAGUGACUGACAGCAUAAAAAAGAUAAAAUAAAAAGCCAUUUGAAACAGAUCUUAGGAAGCUUAUUUGUUGAUUCAAUGUUUACACUUAAAUUAACUGUAUCCUAAAAAAUGAAAUGAAAAUCAACAGACUGAAUAUUGACGCUGUUUUUUUUUCGACAGAUUUUUGAGUAGAUCUCAAUUUGGAGUUGCCUCGGUUACGCUCUGUGGCUCGUACUUAAAUGUCGUCGCCGGCGUUUGGACCUGAGGAGAGCAGGCAGAUAGACGGUCAGCUUUUUUUUUUUCCGUGACAGAUGGGUGGUUGUCAUUCACGAUGGAUUGUCAUCUGUUGCUCUGAUUGCAUUUCUCUGCUACCUCUUUAAAUAUGCGCUUGCUCAGACACACACACGCACUUCUACAAACAGCGCUCACAGACCAACAUACACUCAUACAGACUGACGGAAAAAGACAGACACUGAACACAACACACACACACACACACACACACACACAGCGCACCCUAGCGUGCACUUCUUUCUCCCUCACCAGCAGUUUUUGCCAAUGAUGCACUUGUGUUUUUUGUCUCUCAAUGCUCUGCAAAACGUGUGACGUCUAGAAAAUGAUUUGUUGUCGUCAUCUUUGUUUUUUUCUUCUUUGAAUAAAAAAAACAAACAAAAAAAAACAAACUCUAAUCUCGAUAGUAAGACCUGGGCUAGCCAGGCGGAUAGGAAUAAAUUGAAUAUUAAUUCAUCUAGUACAUAAAGGAAAAAAAAGUCUCAUGUCUUUUUUAAAAAAGAACAUAAAUGCACAUAUUGCUCAGCUCAGUUGUACCUUGGUGUGCCUAGAACCCACAGCCUUAUUUUGGGACAAUAUCAGGGGUUUUAAACCAGAAUACAGGACAAAUCUGUAUUACUGAUUUUAAGACAGUUUCAUUUAGUUUCAGUGGCUGUUUUUUUUUUUUUUUUUCCUCUCCUCAUAUCCACACAUUUGGUAGAGUCUGCCGUUUGUUGUAUCACUUUUAUGAGUCAACAGUAGCGUGCUGUUGGGAGGUGCAUGGGGGUGUGCUGCGUCAGUGUUUUCUCUGCUGGUUUGUUCUUUUGUCUCAUUCAGUCCCAUUGAUUCCCCCUCAGCUCCUUUUUCAGACAAUGGUUCCUAUAAGGCCUACCUGUUUUCCAAAAAAAAAAAAAAAAAAGACUCAAGUUGAACCGUUUCUGAUGAAAUCAAGUCGAAUGAAACUUCUUGAUUGUUUGUUGAAUUCGACCUAAUUAAAGAACAUCCAGCAGACUGUGACCUCCCGCAGCACGAGCUCAUCUCAUCAUCAGAACGAAAAAAAAAAAAGUUGACAAAUAAAAUUGUAGUUGAUCUCAGCAGAAUCCCAAGAUAAGUACCCUCCCCUUCACACAUGCACACCACCAUGCAGUAAAGUCAAACUCACCAAACCUCAGUGUUUCUAGCAGAAACUUGUCUUUUCAACACGUACAGUUGCCAUGGCGUCGCUGUUGAUGGCACCAUCAAUAGCCCAAUAUAGAAGAAAUAAGUGUUAUACAUACAGUACCUUAACCGACGUCUCUCUUCGUGGUCAAAAUCACAGCCUGUUUUUUUUUUUGUUUUGUUUUUUUUUUCUCCUUUGUGUUGCUCUUUUCUUUUUUGCUCUUCUUGUCUUUGAAGUUGAUCCAUUGUACUUUGAUUACAUGCAUUGUAUGUAGUAGAAUACUGAUAAUGUUUGGGGGAAAUCACAAAUAAAACAGCUGUACAUAAUUAUGCAAAGCA